AUGUUCUACUCUGAGUCCCUGCUCCAGAAGAGCGGGCCACUCGCUCGCAUCUGGCUUUCUGCCAACCUCCAGCGCAAGCUCUCAAAGAAGCAUGUGCUCCAGUCGAAUAUCGCCGAUAGUAUAGCUCUCAUGAUCACACCGAGCCAGGCACCCAUGGCUCUCCGGCUGAGCAGCCAGCUACUACUCGGGGCUGUUCGGAUUUACCAACGCAAGGCACGAUACUUGCUGGAUGAUUGUGAUGAUACUUGGAUAAUGAUGCAGAUGACGUUCCGACCAAGCAUAGACCAUGAUCUGCCUAUCAGUCUUCAACAUCCCGACCCCGAAACACUCACACUUCCUAAUGAGAUCAUACCUUACAAUGGUUUUGAACUCGCCCCUCCCCCAGACGCAAACUGGCUCCUGUCUCAGAUAGGAGACGUGGGCAUUGUCCCAAUCAGCCCCAAGCGCCGAGUCACACUACGUGACAUCACCUUACCAGAGAUUUUGACCCCGAGCCAAUAUACUGGGAUGUAUGAAGAAGCUGUGGUGCCUACGGAAGGUGUAGACCUUGAGCUUGACUUCGGUAUUGAGAUUGGUCGAGAAGCGCCAGCUCCUCGCCCGUUUGAGGAGGAAAUGGUCAGCGAACUGGAACCAAGGCCAGCUGAGAAGGAGGGCCCUGAGAUUGAGCCGCCCUUCGAAAUAGAACCGGGCGAACUGGCAUUCGGGGGCGAAGAGUUUGAGUUCCAUCCAGCCGACAUCACUGCCCCUCCACUUCCCGAAUCACCGUUGUCCGAGAUCAGCGAAGAGAUCGUUCAGCAGAUCGAGGAGGAAAUUCCUGAGCUUCGCCCAUCUGAACCCCGUGAACCUGAGGAGGAGCGCCCACUACUGCGGCGGCCUGAACAACGUAUCAGAAGGCGGAGGAUUUUGGCGCCAGAUGAGGAGAUUACCCUUUCGAGCCGCCAAAUUCAGGACCAGCAGACGAAUCACGAGGUAAUCACCAGACCCACGAGAUUCUAUCCCCGAGACCCGCUCCUAGGCGCCUUGAUGGGCAUGCAGGCAUCCGGUGGUUUCGUCUCUUCUAUUAUGAUGGAAGGACGAAGUGCUGCAUGGGCCCCUGAGCUUCGAGGAGUCCUUUCCUUUGAUGCCGUUCAAGAAGCGAGACAACUGGCACGGAAGCGUCCGGCUAGGGAAGUUGAAGUCGAAGUCGAACCAGAGCAAAGAGUCUCCAAGUCACCACGACUGGAAAUUGCUGAGGAGCCAGCAUUUGAGUUUGGAGAGGAGGGUGUUGCGGAGCCAAGCAUUGUCGGCGGAGAAACCAUGAUGGAGAUUCCCGCCUUUGAAGCCAGUCCCCCUUCUCCCAGCAUCCCUGCUGAGCGGCUUCCAAUCCCGAUAACCACCGAACAUGCCGUCUACACUUUGCGAGAUCAGUUUGGCGCUGAGGCUGCCACCAGUUCCGAGGUUCGGGAGAGUAGGUCUGUCAUUUUCCAAGAUUUCGUCCCUGAGCAAGAAACAACCAAGGCCGAGGCAACCAAAAUGUUUUUCGAGUGUCUUGUGCUUGCUACGAAGGGCGCAAUUAAGCUUGAACAGGGGCUAGGGCUGGGGGAUCCUAUCCAGGUAUGGGCGAAGGAGAGCCUUUGGGGCGACUUUGCGGAGAGGGCUACGGGUGGCGGAAUGUUUCCGGAAAAUGGGUUGGCCUGGUUGAUGUAUGCACGCGUGUUUGGCGCCCACUCUCGCCAGACAGCCUCCUUGUUCUCCUCUGCCCACGCGGCGGCGGCGGCGAGGGCAUUCUGGGGCGACAACGUUGGAGUGCCCGAGGUCGCUCGUAUACUCGUAUUCACGAGUCAGUCCUUCGUACCGCAUACGAACCACCCCUGGGCGUAUGGUGACGCUGAGAUUCGUAGAUCAAAUCUCCAAUCUGUAAAUCUGAUUUGCUCAACAGAGCCACUCCGUGAGACGAUCGACUCGGUUGCUUGCGGCAGACGCACUAGGAUCAUGGACCUGCAAGAUAACACCUAUGGCUCAACCGUGAGCAUGCCGCCGCCGUAUAGCACGGCUGUUCGCGAGGACGCCAUCGAAAUGGAGCCCGCUAUGAAAGACGAUGGCCGUAUCAACAUCGACAUGAACUCGCGAGCGAUCAAAUACCUCUCCCUACUUCCAAACUUGAAGCCGAAGCCCAUAGACGAACCCGACGAAGCUCCCCCAGCCUACUACCCCCCUCAGCCGCACGACAGCGCCCGGGAGUCCUUCCCAGUAAAACUCAACAUCGUCAUUCAGGUUGUCGGCAGUCGCGGAGAUGUCCAACCUUUCGUGGCGCUGGGGAAUGAGCUGCAAGAACAUGGACAUCAGGUUCGGCUCGCGACACACGCGGUAUUUGAGUCGUUUGUGCGCGAUGCUGGCCUUGGUUUCUACUCAAUUGGGGGCGAUCCAGCCGAGCUGAUGGCAUACAUGGUGCGGAAUCCAGGGCUUAUACCCAGUAUGAAGAGUCUUCAGGCGGGUGAUAUACGGAGGAAACGGAUCAUGAUGGCCAACAUCCUACAGGGGUGUUGGCUAUCUUGCAUCAGUCCUGACCCGGUAUCCGCGGUUCCCUUCGUGGCAGAUGCUAUCAUUGCCAACCCACCCAGCUUUGCUCAUGUUCACUGCGGUCAGGCACUUGGGGUGCCGGUCCACAUAAUGUUCACCAUGCCCUGGACGAGUACGGCAGCAUUCCCUCACCCGCUCGUCAAUAUCAAACUCGGCCAAGGAUCCAGCUCUGAGCCUUCUAUUGUCAACUAUUUCUCCUACGGUGUGGUUGAAUUUCUCACAUGGCAAGGACUUGGAGACGUCAUCAACCAGUGGAGAGAGGGCAUCGACCUGGAGCACAUUGCCUUUUCAGAAGGACCGUAUGUAUGCGGCUUCUUCUUUCGCGAGCCGCCGGACUACUCGCCAACCCCAGAGCUUCACGAGUUCCUGCAAGCCGGGCCACCACCCGUGUAUAUAGGCUUUGGCAGCAUCGUGUUAGAUGAUCCGCAACGCAUGUCUUGCAUGAUUCUCGAAGCCGUUCGAAUCACAGGCGCCAGGGCCCUUAUCUCGAGAGGCUGGAGCAAGUUGGAUGGCCCUGACUCGAACAACGUCAUGUUCCUGGGUGAUUGUCCCCGUGAGUGGCUUUUCCCGCAUGUAGCUGCUGUUGUACAUCAUGGAGGAGCUGGCACAACUGCUUGUGGCUUGUUGAAUGGGCGGCCAACUACGAUCGUACCAUUUUUUGGCGAUGAUCUUUUGCGUCUCAGCCAACCAUUUUGGGGAAACAUGGUAGCAGCUGCCGGGGCAGGCCCUGAACCGAUCCCCCAAAAGUCCUUGGCCGUUGACAAUCUCGUCGAAGCCAUCCGAUUCUGUUUAACGCAGGAAGCUGCUGAAUCUGCUGCCAAGAUUGCAGGUAAGAUGCGGUCCGAGAUGGGCGUCAAGGCUGCUGUGGCAUCCUUCCACAAUCAUCUUCCUCGAGACGAGCUCGAGUGCGAUAUCAUCAAGGGCCAACCCGCUGUGUGGACCUGCUCCAAGAAGCACCGCCGGCUUAAGCUUUCCAAAACGGCGGGAGAGAUUCUUUCGAGCCAUCUCAAGAUUGUCAGUUUACCAAUCCAGCUUCCAGGGGUUAGUGCCGACCUGGCCAAGUCGGCUGUUGACACCGUUGUCAAGCCCAUGAAGACCUACCAGCAACGGAACGAACCAGACUCAGAGCAUCACCUUGAUCCUGCAGAUGCAGCCACAGUGACGGCCCUUCAAAGCCUGGAUGCGAGGAGAGCGAAGCACUCGAGAGGAUGCCUCAGCACAGCCAAGUCUGUGUCCGCGGUGUCAGCACAUAGUGUGUCAAGACUGCUAAAGCAACCUUUGAAGGGUUUCGUCAUCAUCCCAUUCGCCUUCGCCGAAGGCUUCCGCAACGUUCCCCUCCUGUAUGGCGAGGAGGUCCGAGACUAUGGCGAGAUCUGCGACUGGAAGUCAGGUAUCACGUUUGGGGCUAAGGCCGUUGUGUUUGGCAUGGUAGACGGCAUUGCCGGUCUUUUCAUUUUGCCCUACGAGGGUGCCAAGAAACAAGGCGUGCUUGGAGCUGCGAAAGGGGUUGGAAAAGGUGUUGCCGGCCUAAGCAGCAAGCUCUUCACUGGUACUUACCCCCUACAGGGAAUUUACAAGAGCAUACGGCGUCUCGCCAAAUCCAAGACUCGCCAGACUAUCCAAAGGGCUCGGUUGGCUGAAGGCAAGUACUUGGCAGACAAGGGUCGUGAAAGGGGCGUUAGUGACAAGGCCAUCAUGGACACAUUUGAUGCCAUGACGGCGAGGGGACUUCGGACUUAG